AUGUCAGCUCCCACAAGUUCCGACGAAGAGCAUGUUCCAUACUUCGAAGCUCACUCUGAUAUUGACGAUUCUGAAAUCGAUGAAUCACAAUAUUUGACUCCCGAGGGCGACAUGGACUCUACACUCUCCGACGCUGAGGGGUUUCAUAAUUUGCCGGGUUUGAUGUCGGUCUCAUCGAGCUCGGAUGAUGUCGAUAUACUUUACUCUGACUCGGAUACCUCGGACGACGAUAUUCAGCGGUCGGCUGUUGAAGACCUGGAAUCCGUUGCGGCUUUUCGAACGACCGUUAUGGAUAUUCGCCGUAUUUUGAGAGGAGACGAUUCUGACGUACCCCUGGAUCAACUCGCUCAAGAACGACCUGCAGACGCCCUGACGAGAGUCCGAGACGCCGAAGAUCGAUUGGCACAACAAUCCAUUGUGGUUUCUUUCCGAAUCACCUCUAUGCUCUCCCAAAUGGCCGACCUUCUUCUCGUCGCUCGGUCCAGCGUCCAAGCACGUAUGGACACCACUCAACCAAGUGACGACGCCCUGCUCUCGAUUCAGAUGAUAGAUCACUAUCUGGGUAUGUUGCUCGAAGAAGUUCAGACCCUGUCGAACCCUCGCCCGGCUCCACCCCCAAACCCGAUACCAAGCAACUUGCCGCCUCGAGAGAUCUCGCAUGCUACUUUGAUGCGGCAGAUCAAUGACGUCUUGGAGAGAAUCGAGUAUCUCGAUGAAGAUUUGGCUCGCCGGCUCUGCAAUGUUCGCGGCGGAGCGGGAGAGGAUGGCGAAAGCUGCCUGAUCUGCUGGGAACCGCUACUUUUGGUGUACGACCAAAAGUUACGAGAUCCCCCAGAGAGGUCUGUAGAUGGAGUGACGUCCAAUUCAGAAUCCACCAUGCUUGAAGACGAGGUUAUAAACCCAGUUAUUUUGCUCCCAUGUCAACAUGUCAUGCACUUCGACUGCCUAGUAUCUUGGCUCCGCACACGCGCGUCGACAUGUCCGGCUUGUCGCGCAGAAUUGAUGCCUGAACGGGAAGACGUGACACCGCCAGAUUCGGAUCACUAUUUGACCUUCGCGACGAUUCGGAUGGUCGAAACCAAGCGCUGCCACCGCGUACGUUCGUUGGUCGAAGAGGUACAGAAAGACUCUGACGAGGAACUCGAUUUCCCUGUACCCUCUGGGCAAAUCCCCGCCCCGGCGCGUCCACCUCCAGCUUCAGCUCCCAUCCGAACACAGACGCAAUUGGAGCCAUCAACUUCGUCACGAGAACACGACGAUUCUCCACUCGCCCUACUCAGAGCGCGACACCAAAGACUUUUAGAGUCGAUGGACAAUAUCAUAGCGAUGACAGGGCUUUCCUCGAAUGAGUCUUGGACUCGGAAUGAUCCAUCAAACGUUCGAAACGCUGAAGAGGCGUUCCGUUGGCCCACCGAACGUCGUACAGAAGUUGCAGAAGUCUCAGAUCGCUAUGAGGCAGCGCCAACCGAGCUAAACAACCAGCGCCAUUUACCAUUAGCACCGAACAACAUUACAUCCCUCCUUCGCUCAUACGACAUUGCUGAUAUGGGCUUCCCCUUGUCGGCACCGCAACGUGUCGCAGCGCCAUCAGCUCUCUUACGACGCGAACUCGAGGCACGCCUGUUAGACUGGGAUGAAGCACACGACGAUAUAGGAACAUUCGGGCUAUCGGAUGAAGGCAAGUCUCGUCCCCGAGUCAUCGUGGAGAAGAGUCUCAUCCUAAUGUGA